GAAAAGCGUAAUGUUGAUGCGGAACGCGAGCAAACACAAAUCAGACGGAAGAAACGGGGUCAGCAGCGGCGGAAAAAGGAGGACACCUUCAAGUCAGGCCGUCGACCCUCGCCCCCCCUCCCCUCCCUCCCUCCCUCCGCCCCGGUCACUCCCGCGUCUCUCUCCGGGGUGGGUCCCUCAGUCUACGAUGGGCUAAGUCGGAGAGGCGCCCUGCAGCUGUUCAGAGAGCCGGGGACAGGACGGAGGCAUCGGAGCAGUGAAGGUGGCCGGAGGCUGCUGCUGCUUUGUGUCCGGACGCGCGCAGUGCGUAAAAACGCGCCUGAGCUGCUCUACAUGCUCACAUCCAGGGUGUCCGUCCGGCAGGCUGCGGCCGUGAAUCCAUUUCUUCUGAGAUCCCGGGAGCGGAUGGAGUGAAUCGUGCAGACGGGAAGAGAGACGGACCGCAGCUCGGUUGCGUGUGAUGAUAGGAGACACAAUGACGCUCUUGUCUCUUCUGGGUCGGAUCAUGCGCUAUUUUCUCCUCAGGCCGGAGACGUUGUUUCUGCUGUGCAUCAGCCUGGCGCUGUGGAGCUACUUCUUCCACACGGACGAGGUGAAAACCAUCGUCAAGUCCAGCCGGGAUGCCGUGAAGAUGGUGAAGGGGAAAGUGGCGGAGAUGAUGCAGAACGACCGGCUGGGAGGCCUCAGCGUCCUGGAUGCGGAGUUCUCCAAAACCUGGGAGUUCAAGAACAACAAUGUAGCUGUGUACUCCAUCCAGGGGAGGAGGGACCACAUGGAGGACCGCUUCGAGGUGCUCACCGACAUCACCAACAAGACCCACCCCUCGAUAUUCGGGAUAUUUGACGGCCACGGAGGAGAGGCUGCUGCGGACUACGUGAAGGCCCAUCUGCCCGAGUCGCUGAGGCAGCAGCUGCAGGCCUUCGAGAGGGAGAAGCGAGAGAGCUCGCUGUCCUACGCCAGCAUUCUGGAGCAGCGGAUCCUGGCUGUGGAUCGAGAGAUGCUGGACAAGCUGUCGGCCAACCACGACGAAGCAGGUCAGAGGGGGGCGGAGAGCGGAACCACCUGUCUCGUGGCGCUGCUGUCCGACCGGGAGCUCACCGUCGCCAACGUUGGAGACUCGCGCGGCGUGCUGUGCGACAAAGACGGGAACGCCGUGGCCCUGUCGCACGACCACAAGCCGUAUCAGCUGAAGGAGCGCAAGAGGAUCAAGAGAGCAGGAGGCUUCAUCAGUUUUAACGGGUCCUGGAGGGUCCAGGGAAUCCUCGCCAUGUCGCGCUCCCUCGGGGACUACCCGCUGAAGAACCUCAACGUGGUCAUUCCCGACCCCGACAUAAUGACCUUUGACCUGGACAAACUGCAGCCGGAGUUCAUGAUCCUGGCGUCGGACGGCCUGUGGGACGCCUUCAGCAACGAGGAGGCGGUGCGCUUCGUCCGCGAGCGCCUGGACGAGCCGCACUUCGGCGCCAAGAGCAUCGUGCUCCAGUCCUUCUACCGCGGCUGCCCCGACAACAUCACCGUCAUGGUGGUCAAGUUCAAGAGCGGCGCCGCGGCCAGCAGCAAGGCGGCGGCGGCGGAGUAGUUUGAAUCUUGUGAAUGGCGCGUUUUCCCCGUUUGUCUCCUGGACAGAGCAGCGCAACAUCACCGGGGGAGCGGGGAACUCGGCAGGGUGGACGUUUUGACACACACGCACACACACACACACACACACACAAAUACACUUUAAACUGAGGAUUUACUUUAUUUGGCAUCUGAAGACUGCAGAUCUUCCAAAUGGUGCGUUCCAGUUGCUCUCCGAACUGGGAAUUCCCAGAUGUCCUGAUGGGUCUCAGGGUUGACGUUAGAUUGAUUCGGCGUUGUUAGAGUCUGAGUUUUAACGGAUUGUAUCAUUGGUCUAAUCGUGGGUGCAAAACAUUUCCGUGUACUUUCCUCAAUCGGAAGUGGAAAGUUCCGAGCCGACUGGAACGCACCAUGAGACGAGCAGACGGGAGGUUCCCUCUCCACCAGCACACACCCGACUGUGAUCGCUUCACUACUGUUUACUACACACACACACACAGAGACACACACACACACACGGUACAGCUUCCCCGGAGGCGUCGACCUGUGCCUACUCAACAAUUACACAACAAGUCGCAGACAACUGAACAGUUUGUGAGCAAACGCUGUUUGUCAGUAACACGACGACUGGAAGGGAAUCUGAAAACACUCACCCUCUGGAGACUCGCCGGUUUCAUCCUCUGGCUGCCGUUCAGUUCAGUUACAAUUAGCAGCAGUGUGUUUGAAAGCCUCUUUAAAAUGCUCUUUUAGUUUAAAGCCUGGGAGGAUUCAUGAUGAUUUACUUUAAACACGUUUUAACCUUCCUGCUUUAAAAUCCUCAGCCCGACAAACUCAAAGAAGUAAAUCACUUAUGUGUUCAGAUUUCUUAAAAUUAUUAAGAUGAAAAAUAUGAAGCGCACAGAGUCAUUUGUAGCACUCUGAAUACUAUAAUUUAGUGUUUUUCUUUUCAUUGAUACCAACCAGAUAUUGUUCGGGUAACUGUUCUCUUGGUAAAGUAAAAUUGAACAAGUUGGUUUGAAAAGUUGAAUAAACCCAACUAAGAAACUGAUAUUUGUACUUUUAUUUUGGAAACUUACAAUGAGUUGAGUUGAAACCAUUUACUUUUACUUUAGAGCAUGAAUAAGUGUUUGUUUAGCAAAAAAAAAAACUAGUUGAAGUCAAUUUAAAUGUGAAAAGUCACAAAAAACUUUGUUUAAUGAAGAAAAGAGGAAUCUUGUCUUAUCUUUUUGAGGCAGCUUGAUUUUUUUUUUCUUUAAAGAAAUAUUUUUUUUAUUGUUUGUGGACAUUGAUAAACUUCUGAACUAACUGAAGUCAUUGAUUUGUCUCUAUUGAAACAUCGAGUCAGUAGACGGUGGGUGAUUUUGACAAGUAAACUUAAGGAUCUUAGUUCUCGUAAACCAACAAAUACACACACAUACACUGAUCAGCCGUAUCAUUAUGACCACUUAUGUGUGCCGUGAAGCAGCAGAUGGAUAUUUUCUCCUCAGAACUGAUGAGGAUGUCGCGAUGAAUCACUCUCUGCUGCGGUUUGGUGCAUCAGAUGGUCACAUUAUUAAGGUUGAUCAGUUUAUACACACACAAACACACAGUUCUAAAAAAAAAAAAAAAAAAAUGAAAUGCACUUUUGAGAAUCUUUUUUUUUUUUGGGGGGGGGGGGGGGGGGGGGGGACAGUAACUCAUAUCAGCCACUGUCAGCCCUCAGUAAUGCAAGAGGGUUUUCAUGUUUGUAGAACCUGAUUUGGAAAGUGGAGCUAACGGAACUCUGUUCUUCUUCAUAUGCUUUGACUCAUUUGUGUCCAUGAGGACUGGCGGUGUGUCGGACAAACGACGACGACUCCUCGUGACCUGUAGCCUGCGGCCGGAACGCUUGAAACAUGAUCUGAAGCAAUAUGGUGUCAACAAGCCUGUCAAGCAACGUUACAGUAAAACACACUUGAUUUACUGCUGCGUUAUGUUGAGCUGUCACCACUGUGUACCCUGAAGUCUCAUAAGCUCAGAGAAAUCUAGAACGUUCUUCUUUUUUUUUAAUUAACAGUUUACCUGAUGCCUUAUUUAUUGAUGCGUUUAUUUCCAUGUCCCUGGCGAACGAUGCCGAUUCAGUGAACCGUCUCCUCAUUUUCUGUCCUUCUGUA